CCGUCAUGCACCGUGAGCGCGAGCGCUGCUGCUGGAGUCGGUGUGGCACGAGCGCGGACGUUACAGAGGUGAGUCAGCGGCGUCAUCAUGAAUUACCUGCGCAGGCGUCUGUCGGACAGCAGCUUCGUAGCCAAUCUGCCCAAUGGCUACAUGAUGGACCUGCAGCGUCCGUCCAGCUCCACCAGCUCUCCCGCGUCUCCGGCCACAGAGCGCCGCCCGCCGCCGGCGGCCCAGCAGAGCCAGCAGACCCCGAACCAGACCCCGACCCCAGCCCCGGCCCCGGCCCCUGCCCCUGCCCCCGCCCCGUCCGCUGGCCCCGCGGGCUUCCUCAGCUCCUUCUCCAGCGUGGUGAAGACGGCUCAGAUCGCCAGCGCCGUUCAGGCCAAAGCCUCCGCCGCACACGCAGAAGCCGCCGCCGCCGCCGCUCCACCUGCCAAACCUGCCGUACGCAAACCCAAAAUCCUGCUGAUCAUCGACGAGCCGCACACAGACUGGGUGAAAUACUUCAGAGGACGUAAGCUGAACGGCGAGUGUGAGAUCCGUGUGGAGCAGGCUGAGUUUUCUGAGAUCAAUCUGGUGUCGGAUGUGAACUCCGGCUGUACGGUGGACAUGCAGGUGAACCGCGGAGGAACCAAAGUGGUCAGAUCGUUCAGGCCAGAUUUUGUGCUGGUCCGCCAGCACGCCUACAGCAUGACCCCGGGAGAGGACUUCAGGAACCUCGUGAUCGGCCUGCACUACGGCUCCGUUCCCAGCGUUAACUCGCUCUUCUCCAUCUACAACUUCUGCAGCAAACCCUGGGUGUUCUCCCACAUGAUCAAGCUCUACCAGACUCUGGGACCAGAGAAGUUCCCGCUCAACGAGCAAACCUUCUUUCCCAACCACACGCAGAUGCUGCCCGCCGCAUCAUUCCCAGUGGUGGUGAAGAUGGGACACGCCCACGCCGGCAUGGGCAAGAUUAAGGUGGAGACGGCCAAUGAUUUUCAGGACAUCACCAGUGUUGUGGCCAUCGCUAAAACCUACGCCACGGCCGAGCCCUUCGUCGACUCCAAAUAUGACAUCCGCAUCCAGAAGAUCGGCAGCAACUACAAAGCCUACAUGAGGACGUCCAUCUCAGGGAACUGGAAGGCCAACACAGGUUCAGCCAUGCUGGAGCAGAUCGCCAUGACGGACAGGUAUCGUCUUUGGGUGGACUCGUGCGCGGAGAUGUUCGGAGGUUUGGAUAUCUGCGCGGUCAAAGCCGUCCACGGCAAAGACGGGAAGGACUACAUCAUAGAGGUGAUGGACAGCUCGAUGCCUCUGAUCGGUGAACAUGUGGAGGAGGACCGGCAGCUGAUCUGUGAUCUGGUCAUGAGUAAGAUGGCCUUCGCUCUGCUGGGAGUCACAACGCCGCUCACGUCCACUAAGACUCAACCUGGACCGCAGACGACUCAACCGAGACGAGCUCCAGGUGGUCCUCGUUCGGGCUCUGCUUCUCCGUCUCAGUCGGGUCAGGCGUCUCCUCAGCGCGCCCGAUCUGCCACUACCUCGCCCAGUCAAGCCUUCCAGCCCGGUCCCAUUCCCUCCAGCGGAGCUGGAUCCCAGAAACAACCUGCACAGCUCAAUAAAUCGCAGUCGCUCACCAACACCUUCAGCGAGACGCUGCGUGGAAACCUGACGGACGACGAGGCCAAAGCAGAAACCAUCCGCAGCCUCCGCCAGUCCUUCGCCAGCCUGUUCUCCGACUAACGCACGCAAACACACGCUGGUCUGAUGGCGGCGCGUCACAUCUGUGUUUUUGAUCAGUUACAGUUCAUUAAAUAAUCCGCCGUCAAACAAACAUACGUGGAUGAAGGCCUUUGAUGAGCCGUCAUCAGUCCAUCGUAUCUCAUGUUUUGUUUUAAUGGAAGAUUUUUUAGACUUGACAAACCAGCGGCUCUCAACAAGCUUUAAAAUAAGUCACAUUUAUUUCUGCAGCACUUCAAAUAUUAUUGAAAAUAAACAGAAAAAUAAGAGAAUCAGUGAUGCAGACUUCAUCACAAACUCAAUCUGAGCUGUAAAACAGCGUCAUUAUUCAGAUCAAUUCAGUUCAGUGUUUAUUCAGUUCUGUUUAGUUUAAUAACAGUGUCAGUGCUGCAAAAUAUGUCACUUUUAAGCUCAUAAAUAUAAGCCAAAAAGACCAAAAUUCAAGAUGAAAAAUGCCAUUCUAUUUAUUUAUUUGUUUGUUUGUUUGUUUAUUUAUUUCCUUCCACAGCAAUCAUUUGUAAUAAUUGUAAUAAUUCAUGGAAAUUUCUAUAUGGAAUAUGUUUUUAGUUACUAAAUAAUUACUGAGUGAAACUAUUUUUAAAAACUUUAUUCCAUUAACACAAAAAAGUGGAACAACCAUGUGUGACCAUGGACCACAAAACCAGUCAUAAGGGCCAAUUUGUUAAAAUUGAGGUUUUUACAUCAUCUGAAAGUGAAUAAAUAAGCUUUCCACUGAUGUGUGGUUUGUUAGGAUAGUCAGACGAGAUUCAGAUAUUUGAAAAUCUGGAAUGUGAGGAUGCAAAACAAUUGAAAUAUUGAGAAAAUCACCUUGAAAGUUGUCCAAAUGAAGUUCGUAGCAAUGCAUAUCACUAAUCAAAAAUUAACUUUUGAUAUAUUUACAGUAGGAAAUUUACAGAAUAUCUUUACUUAAUAUCCUAAUGAUUUUUGGCGUAAAAGAAAAAUGUACAAUUUUGACCCAUAAAAUGUAUUGUUGUCUAUCGCUACAAAUAUACCAGUGCUAUUUAAGACUGGUUUUGUGGAUUAGGGUCACAAGUGAACUGCAAUGAACAUUCAGUUAAUUUUCUUAUAUUAUUUAAUAAUUAUAUUUAAUUUAUUUUUAAGUCAUAUACAUAAUAUAAUUUAAUACAAUUAUUUAUUAUGAUUUUUUAAUAAAUGUAAUUAUUUUUUUUAUUAUUAUUUUAAUAUAUUUAUAAAUUAAAACUUUUAAAACAUUUUUUUGAAAAACUUGUUACAGCCAUUAGAUACUGUGUCUGAUAGUGAAGGUUGAGAGCCGCUGUGAUCAACUCUCUCUCUCUCUCUCUCUCUCUCUCGUUUGAUUUGUGUUCAGUGAUUCAGUGUGAUGUUUGUCAUGAAUCAGAUGGGAGUGAAUCGGUGCGUUCCUGCAGAUUCUCUCUGUCUCUUCCAGCAGGAGCGUGUCGCGUGUCUAAAGCCAUCGUCAGAUCUGAUGCAAACGAGUAUCGAGCAGCAAUAUUCCCGUGCAGGAAUAGAGCUCCGUCUUCCACCUGACAUCAAUCUUCCCUUUAUGAAGCUCCACGAUCUACUUGAGCUUCUGUCGGUUCUUCUCCGGUGUCUCUGGCGUCUGCUGAAUCUGUACCGUUCCAAAGACGUGCAGAUACAUCUCAUUUAAAGCAAUGCAGGAGAAGAACAUCCUGAAAAACACACACUCUCAGCUAACAGGGAAUGUUCUCAGAACGUUCUGGCAACGCUAUGAACAAACGUUCUUCCAGUAACAUUAGUAGAACAUUCGUUAUCUGUUCUUUAAAAGUGUUCUCAAAACAUUCAUUUAACAUUUUUAAAUGGUACUGUUUGAUUCAGAACGUUCAUUCAAAAGUAACAUUCCCACAGUGUUUGCAAGAUAAGAUGGAAUGAACCGAGAAAAUGAAACAACUAAACAUUUUGAGCGUUCAGAGAACAUAAGGUUUUAUGGGAAGGUUAGCUAAAUGUUCUUAGAAUAUAUUCUAAGCGUUUGAAAUGGGUUAAAUGAACCGAACGCUUUUCAUUCUGACCUACGUUCAAUCUUCAAUUUAUGAAAGAACCAGUGAGAUUGUGUUCAUAAUUAAUAUUCACAUUAAUAUUGUACAGUACGGUGUUUGAUUUGACGUUUCCGUUCGGCUUUUUAAAAAGGACCAAACUCUCGAGGUGUUCUGUGAGAAUCGAUUUGCUGUUUUUCUGACGUGUCGUUCGCUUCCGUUUGAAUGAAUCGCACCGAAUAACGCGCAGCGAAGCCAUAAAACCAACGACUCGCGCGAUUCAAACGCUUCACGUGUCUUGAGUUUCCUUCAGCUCGUGUUUGAGGUUCUUCUGAUCAUGUUCUGUGCCUCCGACAAACUAGUAAUCAAACGUGCUCGAGAUUUUGUGACGCUGAAUCUUUUAUAUGAUUCUUUCGAAUCAUUCGGACUUGUUUUCAGAGCUCCGUGUGGAUCUUUGCCUCAGUGUUGUUGUCGUCAGGAACGUUUGCAUGAACUGUGAGAGGUGUUUUCAGUGAUAACAGGUUGUGUGAAUGAGAGCAAAUGAACUAAGAAACCACAAACAGCCGCGAACGGAAGAACACGAGUUCAUUUCUAAUUGACUCGGUGAAUCAGAAGCAGCUGAUAUUGGUGAUCAAUCACGUCCCGGUGUGCAUCUAAAUGAAGAUGCUGAGGUGAUUUACCGCGGUAAAUGUGGCAUGACGCGUCUGUGUUUGUGUAUCUCACUGCUUCACGUGUGUCUUCAUGUGUUAUACACUCUUUCUUCUUUCUGGUUUUGGUUUUAUUUUUUAUAUUCUGUCUCUGAUGAAUGGAAAUGCUAUUAAAAUCAAUCGUGUUUAAUAUGAA